GCUGAAAAUAAUAAUAAACACAAGCGCAGAAGCUGAAACGUGUGCCUGUGAGCAAGAUAUUUCCACAAAAAACUCGAAUCGCUGGACGCAACAUUCAGCUCGCGAAUAAAGUGUACCACCCGCAGGUUUAGAUAAACAAAUCAAUAAUGGCCAACGUAUGUGAGCCUUUAACGCUUGCGAAAGAUGUGAAACGCUCCAUCGAGUUGCUGGAAAAGCUGCAAAUGAGUGGCGAAGUGCCCGCCACCAAGCUGGCGGCUUUGCAGAAGGUGCUGCAGAGCGAUUUCCUGAACGCCGUGCGAGAAGUGUACGAGCACGUCUACGAAACGGUGGACAUCCAAGGUUCGCUCGAUGUGCGUGCAUCAGCAACAGCGAAGGCCACUAUCGCGGCGUUUGCAGCCAGUGAAGGGCACGCCCAUCCGCGUGUGGUUGAGCUGCCCAAGACGGAUGAAGGGCUCGGAUUCAACGUGAUGGGAGGCAAGGAGCAGAACUCUCCGAUCUACAUAUCGCGCAUUAUUCCCGGCGGUGUAGCCGAUCGCCACGGCGGGCUCAAGCGAGGCGAUCAGCUGCUAUCGGUGAACGGUGUAUCGGUCGAGGGAGAAAACCACGAAAAGGCCGUCGAGCUGCUGAAGCAAGCCGUCGGUUCGGUUAAGCUCGUCGUUCGCUACACCCCCAAGGUUUUGGAAGAGAUGGAGCUACGCUUUGAUAAGCAGCGUGCGGCUCGAAGACGCCAACAGUACUAAGUAACCGUUACCGAGAUGAUUGCCAUUUGCUUAGAUUAUCGCACGGGAAUGCAGCAUCCCUCAAAGAGUGCCCCGGCGCACGUCUGGGAUUGCGGGCAUUAGUUAGUACUUGUCCCAUUAUGUGUGUGUGUGUUCAUGUUAAAUGUGUUGUUUGUGUUCGGAAACGAUUCUCAUAUUCUCCACGUAAUGUUCAAUAAGAAACAUCCCAUCUAGCGACACGGUUAUUU